GGGGUGAAAGUUUUCGCCUCUUCGCUGACGCGGUACGGGUGCAAGUUCGACACCGGGCUCGACGGCGUUCAGCGUAGGGCGUGCGGGUCUAGGAGGGCGGUGCGCGUGUUGUGGUGUUUUCCUUGGCGCGCGGGGCCGCCGGGGGGAUGGCGCGCG